AUGGGAAAGCAAGUUGCACUCGUCGUCGGCGCCAGUCGGGGCAUUGGUCGUCAAGUCGCCAUUGACCUUGCGAAAAACGGCUAUGCUGUGGUGAUUGCGGGCAAGACGACAUCAGAUGCCUCCAAAUGCUCUCCGUUUCCUCCGAAUCCCAAUAGCCAGCAAUCGACAAUCAAUACCGUGGCCCGCGAGAUCACCGAAGCAGGUGGCCAAGCUUUACCCGUGCAGGUCGAUGUGCGGCAUUACGAAGAGGUCCAAUCCAUGGUCCAGCAGACCAUCGACAAAUACGGCCGACUUGAUGUCUUGGUCUACAAUAGCGGAGCCAUCUGGUGGGCGAGCGUCGAGAAGACGCCCAUGAAGCGCUUCCAGCUCAUGCAGCGCAUCAAUCCGGAAGGUCUGUACGGCACUGUGCAAGCCUGUCUUCCCCACUUCUACAAGAACGGUGGCAAAGGGAAAGGGCGGAUCGUUGUGAUCAGCCCUCCAAUCUAUAGCAGAUUUUUGAAGGGCAAAACUGCAUACGCAAUGGGAAAGUUCGGCAUGUCGGCUCUAACGAUAGGUCUCGCGGUCGAUUUUCAACGUGAAGAGCGAACGGACAUGGCCAUCACCAGCUUGUGGCCAGCUGCUGCCAUUGAUUCAGCAGCGACGCAAGGCGAGGAAGUCACUCGCUCGGAGCUGCGAAAGCCCACCAUCUUUUCCGAUGCCAUCUUGGCAAUCAUUGACGCCCCAACCAAAGACGUCAGCGGACGCACGGUCCUAGACGAAGACUUUUUGCGGGAACGAGGACAGACGGACUUCUCGCAGUACGACCUCGUCAAAGGUGCAACGGUGCGCAGGAUCAUGCCAGCAAAGCUACCCGACCUCAAUGUUGCGGAGCAAGAUGACGAGGGCAGGCGGGUAGAUAGCACGAAGUUGAGGGCUAGCAAGCUGUGA